AUGUCUUCCGCACAACGUCCUUUUUCCCUCUCCCACGGCGCCAUCGAGCACACCAUCUUGGUGCCCACCACCGAGUUCUUCAAGUACGCGCAGUUGAAGGAGCAGUUCUCCAAGACCUUGCCCGAGGUCACCGAGGGCUUUGCCUCCGACGACGAGCCCGCGUCGCCCGCCGAGUUGUUCGCCAAGUUUGUCGGUUUUGUCGCCGACUUGGUCGACCCUAAGACCAAGGGCCAGUUCGACGACAUCUUGCCCUACGUGUUGCAGGACUUCGAGUCCCGGUACUUUGCCACGUCCGACAUCCACUCGUUCGCCGCGCACUUGCUCGAGGACGACGCCCACCCCACCACUGCGUUGAAGAUCAAGGAGGUCAUCAAGCACUACUUUGCUGCCGUGCGCGCCGCCAACGCGCCCAUUGCCCAGUCUUCGUCCGAGUUGUUGAAGAAAUCGGCCGAGAAGUUGGCCAAGACGUUCGCCGUGUUCGGCGGCCAGGGUAACACCGACGACUACUUUGACGAGUUGCGCGAGUUGAACGACAUGUACCGCGGCUUGCUCGGCGACUUUUUGGCCCAGGUCGCCGCCAAGUUGAACGCCUUGGUCAAGAACACCGAGGGCGUCGACAAGAUCUACACCCAGGGCUUCGACAUCUUGACCUGGUUGAAGAGCGCCGACCAGACCCCAGACCAGGACUACUUGUUGUCUGUGCCUGUUUCGUGUCCAUUGAUCUGUGUCAUCCAGUUGUGUCACUAUGUGGUCACCUGUAAGACUCUCGGCGUCACUCCCGGCGAGUUCAGAGAGGCGCUUGUGGGUGCCACCGGUCACUCGCAAGGUUUGGUCACUGCCGUGGCCAUCGCUUCCUCCGACUCGUGGGAGUCCUUCUACGAGAACUCCAUGAAGGCCAUCUCCUUGCUCUUCUUCAUCGGUGCCAGAUGUUUGAUCACCUACCCAAGAACCUCCUUGCCACCCACCAUGUUGCAGGACUCCUUGGAGAACGGCGAGGGCCGUCCCUCCCCUAUGUUGUCCAUCAGAGACUUGUCCCGUGAGGACGUUGAGAGCUUCAUUGAGCAGACCAACAAGCACUUGCCUACCGACAAGCGCCUUGCCAUUUCCUUGGUCAACGGUGGCCGUAACUUGGUCGUUUCCGGUCCUCCAGAGUCGCUUUACGGUUUGAACUUGACGCUCAGAAACAACAAGGCUCCCUCCGGCUUGGACCAGGCCCGUGUUCCUCACUCCCAGAGAAAAUUGAAGUUUUCCAACAGAUUCUUGCCCAUUUUCGCUCCUUUCCACUCCCACUUGUUGGCCCCAGCCAACGAGAUGAUCUUGGCCGACGUCAAGCGCGAGAAGUUGCAGUUUUCUGCUGCUGAGCUCGGAAUCCCCGUUUUCGACACCUACACCGGCGAGAACUUCCAGAAGACCGGCGGCGACGUCACCCAGCGUGUUGUUGAGUGCAUCACCUUGUUGCCUGUCAACUGGGAGGCUGCCACUGCCUUUGACUCCACCCACAUCUUGGACUUCGGUCCCGGUGGUGUUUCUGGUUUGGGUGUUUUGACCCACCGUAACAAGGAAGGUACUGGUUCCAGAAUCAUCCUUGCCGGUGCCAUUGACGUCGCUGUCGACGACGAGUACGGCUUCAAGCAAGAGAUCUUCAACAGACAAGCCAACUCCAUCAAGUGGGCUCCAAACUGGUUGGACGAAUACAAGCCGCAAUUGGUCAAGACUUCCGCCGGUAAGGUCUACGUUGACACCAAGUUCUCCCGUUUGUUAGGACGUGCUCCUUUGAUGAUCCCAGGUAUGACUCCUACCACCGUCAACACCGAGAUUGUCUCUGCUACCAUCAACGCCGGCUACCACAUCGAGUUGGCUGGUGGUGGUUACUUCCAUGCCAAGGGUAUGGAGGACGCCUUGAAGGAGAUCUCCGAGAAGAUCACUCCUGGUAGCGGAAUCGGUAUCAACUUGAUUUACGUCAACCCAAGAAUGUUGCAAUGGGGUAUUCCUUUGAUCAAGGAGAUGAGAGAGAAGGGCUUCCCAAUCCAAUCCUUGACCAUCGGUGCCGGUGUUCCUUCCUUGGAGGUUGCCACCGAGUACAUUGAGGAGCUUGGUUUGACCCACUUGGGUUUGAAGCCUGGUUCGAUCGAUGCCAUCAACGCCUCGAUUGCCAUUGCUAAGGCCCACCCAACUUUCCCAAUUGUUUUGCAAUGGACCGGUGGUAGAGGUGGUGGUCACCACUCUUUCGAGGACUUCCACCAGCCUCUUUUGCAAAUGUACAGCAAGAUCAGAAAGUGCUCCAACAUCAUCCUUGUUGCUGGUUCCGGUUUCGGUUCUGCUGACGACACCUACCCAUACUUGACCGGUUCUUGGUCCGCCAAGUUCAAGUACCCACCUAUGCCAUUCGACGGUGUUUUGUUCGGUUCCAGAGUCAUGACUGCUAAGGAGGCACACACCUCUUUGGAGGCCAAGAAGCUUAUUGCCUCUUGUACUGGUGCUCCAGACGGCGAGUGGGAGAACACCUACAAGAAGCCAACCGGUGGUAUUGUCACUGUUCUUUCCGAGAUGGGUGAGCCUAUCCACAAGAUCGCCACCCGUGGUGUCAUGUUCUGGAAGGAGUUGGACGAGACCAUCUUCAACUUGCCAAAGAACAAGGUUGUCGAGGCCCUUACCAAGAAGCGUGACUACAUCAUCAACAGAUUGGACAAGGACUUCCAAAAGCCAUGGUUCGGCCGUAACGCCAACGGUGUCUGUGACUUGGAGGAGAUGACCUACCAAGAGGUUGCCAACCGUCUUAUCGAGUUGAUGUUCGUUAAGAGAACCAACAGCUGGACCGAUGUUUCGUUGCGUAACUUCUUCUGCACCUACUUGAAGCGUGUUGAGGAGAGAUUCACCUCUGUCUCUGACCAGCCAUCUUUGAUCCAAAACUUCAACCAGUUGUCCAGCGACCCUCAACAAUUCACCGAUGCUUUGUUCGAGGCCUUCCCAGAGGCCAAGACCCAACUCAUCUCCGAGGAGGACUGUGACUUCUUCUUGAUGUGCUGUGCCAACCCAUUCCAGAAGCCAGCUCCUUUCGUUCCAGUCUUGGACGAGAGAUUCGAGUUCUUCUUCAAGAAGGACUCCUUGUGGCAAUCUGAAAACUUGGACACCGUUUUCGACGGUGAUGUGCAAAGAACUUGUAUCUUGCACGGUCCUGUCGCUGCUCAGUUCACCAACAAGAUCGAUGAGCCAAUCAAGGAGAUCAUGGACUCUAUUCACGAUGGACACAUUGCCAUGUUGUUGAAGGAUGAAUACAACAACGACAAGUCUUCCAUUCCAGUUGUUGAGUACUUUGGUGGUAAGACCCCAGUUACUGUCUCUGAGCUCGCCAACGUCUCUGUUGAGACCACCGGCGACAAGACUGUUUUCAAGACUGGUUCCAAGCUUCCAAACAAGGAGCAAUGGCUCAGUGCUUUGGCCGGCUCCGACUUGAACUGGUUGUUCGCUUUCAUCUCUACCGAGAGAGUCGUCCAAGGUGUUAACCAUGUUGCUAACCCAGUCACCAAGAUCUUGGAGCCAACCGCCAACACCGUGGUUGAGGUCACCCGUUCCUCCGACGCUUCUAAGAUCACCCUUGCUGUCUACGAGCCUGUUCAAGGAGACUACAAGCAGGUUGUUGAGAUCAAGUGGAACAAGGCCAACCAAAUCGAGAUGGACUUGAUCGAGCACAGAACUGCCGACGGCAAGCCUGUUGCUCUUCCAUUCUUGUACAACUACACUCCUGAGGAUGGUUUCGCUCCUAUUGUUGAGGUCAUGACUGACAGAAACGUUCGUAUCAAGGAGUUCUACUGGAAAUUGUGGUUCGGCCACUCCGUUCCAGUUGAUCUCGACAUCGAUGUCAACAAGAAGAUCACUGGCGAUGAUGUUACCAUCACCGGUAAGGACAUUGCCGAGUUCACUCACGCUAUCGGUAACACCUGUGAGGCAUUCAUUGUCAGACCAGGUAAGCAAACCUUGGCUCCAAUGGACUUUGCCAUCGUCAUCGGCUGGAAGGCCAUCAUGAAGGCUAUCUUCCCUCGCACCAUCGACGGUGACUUGUUGAAGUUGGUCCACAUGUCUAACGGAUACACCAUGGUACCAGGUGCUUCUCCUUUGAAGAAGGACGAUGUUCUCACCAGUGACGCUACUAUCAACGCUGUCUUGAACCAAGCUGCCGGUAAGAUGGUCGAGGUUGUUGGAACCAUCUACAGAGAGGGCGAGCGUGUCAUGGAGGUCAAGUCUCGCUUCUUGUACCGUGGUGAGUACACCGAUUUCGAGAACACCUUCCAAAAGGUCGAGGAGGACCCAGUCCAAAUUUCUCUCGCCUCUGCCAAGGACGUUGCCAUUUUGCGUUCUAAGGAGUGGUUCCAGUUGUCUGAGGACAUCGAGUUGUUGAACCAGACUUUGACUUUCAGAUGCGAGUCUGUCUACAAGUUCAAGUCUGCAGAGGUUUACUCCUCCAUCAAGACCACUGGCCGUGUGUACUUGGAGUUGCCAACCAAGGAGGUUGUCCAAGUUGGUACUGUUGACUACGAGGCAGGUGUCUCUCACGGUAACCCAGUCACUGACUACUUUGAGCGUAACGGUCAAACCAUUGAGGAAGACAUUAAGUUCGAGAACGCCAUUCCUCUUGCUUCUGGCGAUGAGUUGAUCUCCAAGGCUCCUUCUACCAACGAGCCUUACGCCAAGGUCUCCGGUGACUACAACCCUAUCCACGUUUCCAGAGUGUUUGCUUCCUACGCAAACUUGCCAGGUACUAUCACCCACGGUAUGUACUCCUCUGGUUCGAUCAGAUCUUUGGUUGAGCAAUGGGCUGCCAACAGCAUUGCUUCUCGUGUUAGAGCUUACAAGGCUGAGUUCGUCGGUAUGGUUUUGCCAAACGACAACUUGCAAACCUCUUUGGUUCAUGUCGGUAUGGUGAACGGUCGUAAGAUUAUCAAGGUCGAGACCCGUAACGUUGAGACUGACUCUCUUGUCAUGGUCGGCGAGGCCGAGAUCGAGCAACCAGUUACCACCUACGUUUUCACUGGUCAAGGAUCCCAAGAGCAAGGUAUGGGUAUGGACUUGUACAACACCAGUGCCGUUGCCAAGGAGGUCUGGGACCGUGCUGACCGUCACUUUGUUGACAACUAUGGUUUUUCCAUUGUCGACAUUGUCAAGAACAACCCUAACGAGUUGACCAUCCACUUUGGUGGUGCCAAGGGUAGAAAGAUCAGAGACAACUACAUUCUGAUGAUGUUCGAGACCAUCGGUGAUGACGGAGAGAUCCGUUCUGAGAAGAUCUUCAAGGAGAUUGACCACACCACCACCUCGCACACUUUCAUGUCACCAACUGGUUUGUUGUCUGCCACCCAAUUCACCCAACCAGCUUUGACUCUUAUGGAGAAGGCUUCUUACGAGGACAUCAAGUCCAAGGGUCUUGUUCCUUCUGACGUCAUGUUCGCUGGUCACUCCUUGGGUGAGUACUCUGCAUUGUCCUCUUUGGCCAACGUCAUGCCUAUCGAGUCUUUGGUCGAUGUUGUCUUCUACAGAGGUAUGACCAUGCAAGUGGCUGUUCCUCGUGAUGAGUUGGGACGUUCCAACUACGGUAUGUGUGCUGUCAACCCUACCAGAGUCAGCGGCAACUUUAACGACGCUGCCUUGAGAUUCGUCGUCGACGAGGUCUCUUCCACCACUGGUUGGUUGUUGGAAAUUGUCAACUACAACGUCGAGAACACUCAAUACGUCACUGCCGGUGACUUGCGUGCUUUGGACACUUUGACCAACGUCUUGAACUUCAUCAAGAUCAACAAGAUCGACAUUGUGAAGUUGCAAGAGCAAAUGUCUUUGGACAAGGUCAAGGAGCACUUGAAGGAGAUCAUCGACGAGGUGUCUCAACAAUCCUUGGCUAAGCCUCAACCAAUUGACUUGCAAAGAGGUUUCGCUGUCAUUCCUUUGAAGGGUAUUUCUGUGCCAUUCCACUCCUCAUACUUGAUGUCUGGUGUCAAGCCAUUCAAGAGAUUCUUGUGCAAGAAGAUUCCAAAGUCUUCUGUCAAGCCUAAGGAUUUGAUUGACAAGUACAUUCCUAACUUGACUGCCAAGCCAUUCCAGAUCACGAAGGAGUACUUCGAGGAGGUUUACGAGUUGACCAAGUCUGAGAAGAUCAAGUCUAUCAUCGACAAGUGGGAUGAGUACGAGAAGGCUUAA